AUGUUUUUUUGUCAAAAUGUAGAACAUGAAGGAAGUCCAAUUGUAGGUUUUUGUCUUUCUGUUGAUUGCCAGGAACCUAAAUCACAAUUUUGUGUUGAAUGUUUAAUCAAUCCUUAAAAACAUGAAAAAUGUAGAAAUGACUGCAAGCGAUUUGAUAAAAUUGACAUACUCAUAGAUUUUAUUAUAUAUGAACUUAAGAAAAUGUUAGUAUAGAUUGAUUAGAAGUUUCAAUAAGUCAAACAGCAGUAUUAAAACACAGUCAAAUAAAUUUAUAAAGAAUAACAAAAGUUUUCAGAGAUGAUCAAAAAUUUGAAAGAAUAAAAAUUCAAGGAAUUUUGUGAAUAAAUUGGCAGCAUCAAGAAUUGCAAUAGAAUCUUAAAAUAAUCUCAAAUUGAGAAAGAAAUUAUUAACCUCUGUAUUUAUAUUCUUAAUAAUUAGGGUUGAAAGAAGGAAUUGAAUUAAUAAACAACAAAUAAUACCAAUGUGCUUUAGUAAAAUUGGAAAAAGUUUUAAAAGAAGAUAAAUCCAAUUAUUUAGCAUGGUUUUAUUAAUGUAUAAUAAAUUAAAAUAAGGUGUUAUAUUAAUGUAAUUGGAGAAUAAUUGUAAGCCUUUUGAAAUGUUAGAGAAAUUCUAAAUUGAACAUCCUAACUUUUAAGAUUAAACUUUAAAAGAAGUAGAGGAAAAGUUAAGAAUUAAGAAGAGCGAUAUUUCUAGCUUGAUACUAUAAAGUAUCAAUGAAUUAUAAUUAAAGAUUAUUCUUUAAUAAAAUUCAAGAAAAGAAAUGCCAUCAUUAAAAAUCAAAAAAAUAUAGACUUUAUGAUAUCUUGUGAUACUAUUUUAAGUUUAGAUUAAAAUAAUGUUUAUGCUUUAUGGAUGAAAAGUAUAAAUUAAAAUAAUUAAUAGUUAUAUCAUUAAUGGAAAUAAAAUAAUAUGAAUAAGCUAUUUCAAUUGCUGAAUAAUGUAUAAUAAAAUUCCCUAAAAAAGGAUAUUUUUAUUAUAUAAAAGGUAUUUAUAAUAUUAAUCAUUAAAGGGUUUGGGUUAAAAAAUUAAAAAAAAUAUAAUGAGGCAUUAGAUUUUUAUAAUUAAUCAAUUACACUAGAUUCAAAUAAUAUUGAUGCCUUUUUUGAAAAAGGUUUUAUCUGCAUAAUUUUCUUUAGGUAAUACUUUAGACUAUUUGAAAUAACAUGAACAAGCCAUAUCUUGCUAUGAGAAAGUGAUUUCCCUAGAUCCAAAUAAUGUUGAUGCUUAUAAUAACAAAGGUUAUCUCUCAAUAAUCACACUUUAGGGAUCUCUUUAAAGAAUUUAAAAUAAUAUGAGCAAGCAAUUAUAUGUUAUGAUAAAGCGAUUUCACUGUCUCAAAAUAAUUUUAUAUUUUAUAAUAACAAAGGUUUUAUCCUCAUAAUUAAUUUUAGGUAUCUCUUUAGACUAUUUGAAAUAAUAUGAACAAGCCAUAUCUUGCUAUGAGAAAGUGAUUUCCCUAGAUCCAAAUAAUGUUGAUGCUUAUAAUAAAAAAGGUUUCAUAUGCAUCAUUGAAUUUUAGGUAAUUCUUUACACAAGUUGAAAAAAUAUGAAUAGGCAAUUAUAUUCUAUGAUAAAGCGAUUUCACUAGAUCCAAAUAAUGUUUUUUCACAUAAUAACAAAGGUUUAUCUGCAUAAUGGACUUUAGGUAAUACUUUACACGAAUUGAAAUAAUAUGAAGAAGCAAUUGUAUACUAUGAUAAAGCAAUUUCACUAGAUUCAAAUAAUUUCAUUGCAUAUAAUAACAAAGGUUUUAUCUCCAUAUUUGAAUUUUAGGUAUCUCUUUAAAAAUAUUGAAAUAAUAUGAAGAAGCAGUUAACUGCUAUAAUAAGGCGAUUUCUAUAAAUCCUAAUUAUGUUGAUGCAUAUUUUAACAAAGGUUUAUCUCUAUAAUAGCAUUUAAGGUAUCUCUUUAGAUGAUUUAAAAUUCUAUGACCAAUCAAUUAUUUGCUAUGAUUAAAUGAUUUCACUAUCUCUAAAUAAAAUAAUUGCCUAUCUUAACAAAGGUUUAGUCUCCAUAAUUGAGCUUUAGGUAAUUCUUUAAAGAAUUUGAAAUAAUAUAAAUAAGCAAUGAUCUGCUAUGAAAAAGCGAUUUCCCUGGAUCCAAAUAAUGUUGAUGCCUAUAAUAACAAAGGUUUUUAUCUCCAUAAUUGAAUUUUAGGUAAUACUUUACACGAAUUGAAAUAAUAUGAAGAAGCCAUUAUCUACUAUGAUAAAGCCAUUUCACUAGAUCAAAAUAAUUUUAUUGCCUAUAAUAACAAAGGUAUGUCCAUAAAUGAAUUUUAGGUAAUACUUUAUACGAAUUGAAAUAAUUCGAAAAAGCAAAUUUCUGCUAUGAUAAAGCGAUUUAAUUAGAUCCAAAUUAUGCUAAUGCAUAUUUUAACAAAGGUUUUAAAUCAUAUUCUAUUUAGCAAAUUUGUUAUGUUUUUUGGAUUUAAAUGAAUAAGCUAUCAAAAAUUUUGAAAUAGCAUUAUAACUUAACCAUCCUUAUUAAAUUUUUAUUCAAUAAAAAAUUUAAUUAAUAAGAACAAAAUUAUAAUCUUGA